UAGGGGGCGCGCUUACACGGAAAGGUCACCGGAUAUCUCAUCCUCAAGCAACAACAAAAAGAGGCUGUGUUGAAGUCGCAGUCAUUAACGAAACCCACAUAUUUGUUCACGUUUCUUACUUUGAAUUGUUUUAUAUUUAGCACUACAUUGGUCCCCGUGAGGAGGAUGGGCCGCAGCAGGAGCAGGACUCCUCCGAGACGAGAGAGGAGGCGUUCCCGCUCCACUUCACGGGAGCGCGAGCGAAGAAGAAGGGAGAGGGAUCGCUCUCGUUCUCGAGAUCGUGAUAGAGACCGCCGCAGAAGUCGCUCAAGAUCUCCUCACAGGAGGCGUUCGAGGUCUCCUAGACGUCAUCGCUCGUCCUCCCUCUCUCCUAUGAGACAAAAAGACAGACGUGAUGAUGAGCGCAAAGACGGCAAAGAAAAGACGACGAAGCCCAUUCAGAUCUCAGAGGAGGACAUGCAGGGCAAAACCGAAGAGGAGAUUGAGAUGAUGAAACUGAUGGGAUUUGGUUCCUUUGACAGCACCAAGGGGAGGAAAUCCGACGGAUCAGCCAAUGCCCAUGCUGUCAAUGUGACCAUGAAGAGAAAAUACAGGCAGUACAUGAACAGAAAAGGUGGAUUCAACAGACCGCUGGACUUCAUCGCUUGAAAGUAUCAACAACUCAUUGAGAUAACCGAAAAACUUACCUCUGCUCUGCCCGUACAAUAGUGGGAGAAGUGUUAGUUCAAUUCUGUUCUGUGUGACGCAACAAUUCUCUAUAUAGCUUGUUUUUCUAAGUGAACAUGCAUAUGUAAAUAAUAGUGCAUGCAGUAUGAUACAGCAAAGUAUUGAUAGAAACCCACUGUGGGCACAGUUCAUGGAGUUUCUGCUUGUUGUGGUGUACUGAGUUUUUAUUUGAAAUAAAAGCAUUUUAAAAAUGUCAUUGUAAAAA